AUGGUGCGAAAUAAAAAUAUGAACAGCAAUGUGGAUUUGUGUGUUAAUCACGUCGACAUAAAUAAUAGUUAUGUGGAUAUAUUAAAUAUUCACGAAACAUUAGUAAAUCAUAUUCAAGCAAUAGCUCCCCAAUUUUACAGUUUGGUAGAAACUAAUUUUAAUUUAAAAAAUGAAACGAAUGAAACAGUAAAAAGUGUAAGUCAUGACAAUAGUGGUAAUGCUGAAAAUAGCGAAAAUAGUGAAAAUAGUGAAAAUAAUAAUAAUAGCAAUAGUAGCAAUAAUAAUAAUAGCUAUAAUAAUAAUAGCAAUAACAAUAAUAGCUAUAAUAACAAUAGCUAUAAUAACAAUAGCUAUAAUAACAAUAGCUAUAAUAAUAAUAGCAAUAAUAAUAGCUAUAUUGACCAGCGUAAUAACAAUUUAUCGUUUAAAAAAAAUACCACACAUUCAAUUAAUAACAAAGAUAAAGAUAAUAUAAAUUUUUCAAAAAAAACUCAUAUAUACAAUUUGUAUACAAAUAAUUAUGGUCCUAAUUAUUACAACUGUAAUAGUAUAUCGUUAAAUUCGGACCAAGUUCCAAACAAAUAUGAUGAAUAUAUUAAUUAUGAGAUUAGCGACAAAAAAUUAUUACCAAGCAAUAAUUUAUUAUAUAAAAAAAAUAAAACAGAACAAAUAAUAAAAUUAAAAGAAAAGAAGAAUGCUUGUUUUAUAAAUACGACAUAUGGCAAUUAUGAUAGUAAAAAUAAACGUAUUUUAAAAAAUACCGAUGAACAGAAAAAACAGUUAUACGAAUGUUCCAACAUUUGUAAAACCCCAAUUAAUAUUGAUCAUGUAAAUGAUAUAAUUUAUUCGAGACAGCUAGCUAUUAAUAUAAAUGAUAGUAAUGUUGCUAAUUCUGAAAAUUUUAUUCAAAUAAAUUCAAGUCAAAUAAACAAAGAGUGUAUUAAGAAUAUACGAUAUCCUGAAUAUUAUUUAAAUAUCAAUGGUCAAGAUCAAAUAAUUGAUAAAAACAUAAAUGACAUUGUUUCCCUUGGUAAACAAGUUCGAAAUAGUGACUUUGAAUAUUUAGGAGGAUGUAAUGUUGCAAAUUUUGAAAAAGAAAUUAAAAUUUGUGAAAAUAUGGAAAAAUAUGUUAAUUGCAAUUAUCAUAAUGACUUAAAAAUGGGCACACACUCAAAUUUCGAGAUUCAAUAUUGCACCAGUUGCCCUAAUUUAAAAAAAAAUAUGAUAAAAAUAAAUAAUAUAGAAAAUUGCUUAAAAAAUACAUGCACAAAUCAUAAUUAUAUGAACAGGUCAGGUAAAAAUGAAAAAUAUGAAAAUGUUUAUACGUUGAAUAGUGGUGAAAAUGGCGAAAAUGGCGAAAAUAGCCCAAAUAGCCAAAACAAUCUCAAUUACGAAAAUUUUUUCCCAAACAAUUUGAAUAAUAUUCAUGCUGAUGAUAAUCUAGAAGUAUUUGGUACCAAUUUAUCAAAAUAUGAUAUAAACACAUGUAAAGAUAUUAAAAAAUAUAAUGAAAUAAAUAAUCAUUUUAAUUUUUUAAAACAUGAACGAGAAAUAUAUAAACCAAUUUAUUAUAAUAAUUGUAACAGUAAUGAUGACACAGAUUUUUCAAAGGAUAGCAACUAUUCUAAUAAGAUUAUUUUAAAUAUAUGUGAUGAAAAUAAUUUAUUUAAUAAAUUAAAUAAAGAUAACUAUAUUCGAAUGGGAGAUGAAAUGAAAAAUUAUGUACAUUCAGGUAAAAUUCAAUUUGAUUUUAUAAAAAAUGAAACAAACUAUAAAUUACCAAUUGAGAAGGGAAAUAAUAUUUAUAAAUUUGAACCAAAUAUUAUAUUUGAUCAACAAAUUUAUAAUAAUAUGAAAAAUAAAAUUUAUGAUAAUUAUUAUUCGAAUCAUAGUUCUAAAGAAGAUAAUAAUACAAAUGAUCAAGAUAAUAGAACACAUAAAUAUGAUGAAAAUAAUAAUAACCAAAAUAGCAGAAACGAUACAACAAAUAGUGGAGGUAUUGGAAUCGGAUUGAAUAACAAAAACACAAGUGGAAACAAUGAUGAUGGUAAUGAUGAUGAUGAUAAAAGUCGAGAUGGAGAUAAACAAAAUUGUAAUUAUCACGAAAUAAAUGAUGAAGAAAUUGAGAAUAAAAAUAAGGAUGAAAAAAAAAAUCAAGAUGAUGAAAUAAAUGAGAAACAAACUAACGAAAUAAAUAAUAAGAAAAAUAGCAACGAACAAAUUGUUACACACACUAUUAUGGAUAACCAUGAUACAGAAGAUGAUGAUGAUGAUACAAUUCAAACAAAUGGGCGACAAUUUUGCGAUUCUGAAAAUUGUAUCAUAUCUAAAAUAAAUGGGUCAAAAGGUGUUCCUAACGAUAUUAAUAAUAGUCAUAAUAAUAAUAAUAAUAAUAACCAUAAUAAUAAUAAUAACCAUAAUAACCAUAAUCAUAAUUAUAUGGCUUAUAAUAAAAGCUAUGCUAGUGAUAGUACCUUCACAGAUGUGCACAUAUAUGAUAGAAAUGCCGACACAGAAUCAAUUAAUAAUUUUGUUGAUUCAAAUAUGGCAAACAGUCAAGAAAAUUUUAAUAUAUUAAAUAAGCAUAACAAUAAUAAUGUUACUAAUAUGAACGAAGGAAAUUAUUUUGGGAAUGAUGGAAGAACUAACUAUGUCAAUCGCAAUAAUGGCAAUAAUGGUAAUAAUGGAAAUUUUCCUGAAAAUAUUCAUAACUGUUUUUCUAAGAAUAAUAUAAAUAAUGAAACGUUAAUAAGUAAUAUACAAGUGUUAAGUGGAAAUAAAAAUGAUAACUCAUUUAGAAACAUAAAAAAAAACUCUAUUAAUGAUAUAACUAUAAGUAGUCACAAUUAUAACAAUAAUAAUAAUAGCGAAGCUGGUAAAGAUUUUUCAAAUAAUUUCCAAGGGAAAUAUUUAAGCAAUUACCCAAAUAAUUAUUCAGGAAAUAUCUCACCAAAUUUUACACAUAAAUUUUCAAAUAGUGAUAUACAUAAUAUGUGUGAUAAUAUAUAUAAUAGUUAUAAUAUAAAUACACGUGAUCAAAACAAUAAAUGCUUAAAUGAUGUUAAUAAUAAUUGUGUAGAAACAGAUUUGCUCAAAUUUACAAAUAGCACAUAUAUGGAUAUUCAUAAAAUCAUAAAAAAUGAUGAUAUGUUAAAAAUGGAAUUUACAAAAAUGGAAGAUUGUUUUAAAAACGUUCCAAUUUCAAAUAAAGUUUCCAAUAUUGAUGGAACAAAAAUUUUAGGUAAUAAUAGUUUAUCAGAUUCCAUUCCUGAUAAAAUACGAAUAAAUAAUAAAACCAAUUCUAUUAGAGGUAAUGAUAUUAAUAGAUAUAAUGGAGGGUCUAAAAAUAAAUCCAAAAAUAAUUCUAAGGAUAAUGAUAUGUCAAGAAUGUAUGAUAACUAUAAACAAUUAUUAACAUUAGAUGAUACUAUGAUAGAUGGAUAUAAUAAUCAAAAUUUUGAUGAUUUAUAUUUUCUGCAAAAUAAUAAUAUUCAUCCAAAUGUUUUAAAUAACGAUAUAAUUAAUGAUAGUAUAAUAAAUAAUAAUAUUGAAAAAAUAAUUGAUAUUAUGAAUAUUAAUAAUGAAAAUAUAAUAAAUAAAAAUGUACCACUUGAAGGAAAUGGAAAUAUGGUUAUUUCAGGUUCUGGUGGAACUGGUUUUGUUGGUUCUCCAUCAGAUGUAAGCACUUCUAAUCAAAUUAUGAUUAAUAAUAGAUCAAAUUGUAAUCUAAGAGAUCAUAUAAAAAGCAUGCAUAACAAUAUUCCACAAAAUUUGCAACAAAAUACAUAUAUACAAGGAAAAGAAAAAAAAAGAAAAAUAACAUGUAUUAAUACAAAUAAUGAAAAUACAUGUACAAUAAUAAACAAAUUAGAUAAUAUGAAAGAUUGUGGAAUUUUAAAAGAAUUUGAUGAUAAUAAAUGUAUAAACACUAAUCAUACUAGAUAUAAUAAAGAUAAAAAAAAAAUAUAUCAAAAAAUGGAUAUAAGAAUGUUAAAUAAAACUGUACAAAAAAAUAAAGAAAUAUGUACAAAUUGUUAUAUACAUUAUGAUCAUUCAAAAUCUAGUUAUAUAUUAACAUUUAUUAAUAGAAAGCAAAAAAAACAAAGAAAAAUAUUCCCAGUCGAACCAAAUGAAAAAGAUGAACCAUAUAUAAUAAAAAUUAUAAAUUAUAUAAAUAAAUUAAAAGAAGAAAAUAAAAUAUAUGGAGUCAAUGCAAAUGGAAAUAUCAAAGAAAUAGAGGAAGGAAAAAAUAAUUUAGAACAUAACAAACAACCACUUGGUGAUUUUUCAAACAACCCUCACAGAAACAAUAUAAUCAAACCUGUAAUAAAUAAUGUAAGAAUUGAAAAUAUUAUUGAUAAUAAUAAUAAUAAUAAAAGAGGUAGUAUAUAUGGGGUUUCCGAAGGAAAUAGAAAUAACAAUUUUUUUGAUGCACGAAAUGGCUCAAAUCUUGGUGUGUAUGUUAAUCCAAAACAAUUUUCAAAUGCCAAACCUGUACACAAUGAACAAUAUGGAGAAGAUGGAAAUUUAAUAAUUAAAAAAAAUAACAACAAUAAUAAUAACAACAAUAAUAAUAACAAUAACAAUAAUAAUAGUAGUAAUAGUAGUAAUAAUAGUAAUAAUGCAGGGGUUAAUAAUAUGAGGUCAGGAAAUAAUUUCACUAAACAAUUUCCAAAAAUUCCAUAUAUUCAACCAAACAAUAUGAAUUAUGCACACACUGAUAUAGCUAAUAUUAAUAACAGAAAUAACAAUUUUAUAAAACCCUUAAAUUAUUUUGAUAAUAUUUCAGCUAGCCAAAAUAUGGAUUUUAUAAAUUAUAAUAUCCCAAAUAAUAAAAUCGAUUUUAAUAUGGUUAAUAACCCGUGUGCAGAAGAAAAACAGCCAAUUAAUUUAUUUUACGAUCAUGAUAAUAGCAGUAAUAGCAAUAAUAAUAAUAAUAAUAAUGGCAAUAGUAAUGGCAAUAAUAAUGGAAAUAAUAAUGGCAAUAAUAAUGGAAAUAGUAAUGGCAAUAGUGGGACUGGGCCGAAACAAGGCGAUGAAAAUUAUGUAACAGAUAUUAAUAUUAUUCACAAUAUGAACCCUGAAAUAGCUAAUAACUUAAAUGGUGGUAUCAACCAAAAUAUGAGAAUGGGGAACAUAAAUUAUGCACAAAAUAUGAAUGAAAAUUGUAAUCGAAUAAAUAGUGUACCCUUACAUAUGAAUCAUAAUAUGAAUAAUCAUUUUCAUACAAAUAUUAAUGAUAUAAAUAAUAACUCUUUUGGUAAUAAUUUUUAUGAUAAUAUUCCUUCUGAUAUAAAUGGAAAAAAUAAUAUAUAUCCAUUUUCAAAUAUAAAAGGAAUGAAUAUUAUGAAUGUUAAUAAUAAUAAUCCACAUUCAUCUAUUUCACCAUCUGGUCGUGGAACUAUUACAACUAAUUCACCAUCUCCUAAUAAUUCUAUUAAAAAUAAUCAACACAAUAAUAAUCAACACAAUAAUAAUCAACACAAUAAUAAUAACAAUUUGUUAAUAAAUCAAAAUAAUGAUGAAUUUCAUUCAGCUAAUGUUAUGAAUAAUAUGAAUUUUAAUAUUUAUCCUGGAAACAAUAUACCAAAUAACGAUGAUACCGAAAUUAUCAAAAAUUAUAAUAAUAUAAUAAAUGAUUAUCAGAGAAAUAUAUUUAAUUCAAAUAAUUAUGGUAACACAAAUAGUAUGGAGUCCAUUUUAUCCCUUAGAGGGGGAAGUGUGCAUAAUAAUGAAUAA